CUCCUCGCCUGCUGAGCCAGCUCAGCUGACACCAGGCAGCCAAGAGCGGCGCAUCAGCAACAUCUCUCGGCGGAAGAUGAUGGCAGAUUCUGGAAGUCACGGAGAACAAGUGGCGGUCAUCGGCAACGCCGACAACACGGAGGCGGAGAACAACAUCAUCAACACGAUGGUGGAAAAGGGGACGUCGCUGUUGAAGAAGCUGGAGAUCAAUGUGGCGGAGGCUGAGAAGAGAACGGGCAAGAACACAGUCAACAUGCAGGAAACCUACACCGUCUACCUCGUAGAGACACGAACAUCUGAAACAGUCCCUAAUGUCUCUCCAGCCACCACACCUGACACUCUGUGGCGACGCUACAGUGAGUUUGAGCUACUCAGAACGUACCUGUUGGUCACCUACCCGUACAUCAUCAUCCCUCCGCUGCCAGAGAAAAGGGCGGAGUUUGUGUGGCACAAGCUGUCAGCUGAUAACCUCGACCCGGAUUUUGUCGAGCGGCGGAGAGUGGGCCUGGAAAACUUCUUGCUGCGUGUGAUGUCACAUCCCGUCCUCUGUGAAGACAAGAUAGUUUUCCUUUUCCUUACAGAGGAGAAGGGUUGGCGGGAUGCAGUUUUGGAGACAGGUUUUCAAGACAAGGCUGAUUCCAGACUGAAGUCCCUGAGUGCCAUGUUUAGAGUCAAGAACCCUGACAAGCGCUUUACAGCACUGAAACAAUAUAGCGAUGAACUGAACGCUGCCAUCUCUCAACUUCUCAGGGUCAGAGCGAGAGUAGCAGACAGGCUGUAUGGCGUCUACAAAGUCCAUGGCAACUAUGGACGAGUCUUUAGCGAAUGGAGCGCUAUAGAGAAAGCGAUGGGAGAUGGACUACAGAGCGCCGGUCACCACAUGGACACGUACGCGGCGUCAAUAGACGACAUUUUGGAGGAAGAAGAGCACUACGCUGACCAACUGAAGGAAUAUCUCUUCUACACUGAGGCUGUGCGGUCAGUGUGUAGGAAACACGAGUUGAUCCAGUAUGAGUUGGAAGUAGCAGCUCAGGACCUGGCCUACAAGAAGCAGCAGAGAGAGGAACUGGCCACUGGGAUGGUGCGUGUCUUCUCCUUGAAGGGGAUGACCAGUAAACUGUUUGGCCAGGAGAGCCAGGAGCAGAGGGAGAGCAGGCUGGCGGCCUUGGAGCAGAGCAUCCAGGAGGGAGAGCAGACGCUCAAGGAGAAAAACUCAGAGUGCCAAGAGUUUGUGCAAACAGCCUGGGAGGACAUCGAGCGUUUUAAGGAACAGAAGGACAGAGAUCUGCGCGAGGCACUCAUCAGCUACGCCAUCAUGCAAAUUAGCAUGUGUAAGAAGGGAAUCCAGGUGUGGUCCAAUGCCAAGGAAUGUUUCAACAAAAUGUGAGCCACUUUCCAGCCAAUCACCACCCCAUCCAAAAAGAACAAUCUUUCAACUCUAAUGUUCAGCCGAUCAGUUGAUGUCUGACUACUGUUUUGGAGAUGGACUACUUUGAUUUUGGAAGCUAGUCCCGAAACACACGCUCGUCGUGAACCAUUUGGUCCAAUCCUUCAUGUUCCAAUCCAAGGUUUGUCUCCAGCUUCUCUCAGCAUGAUGAGGUGAUCAUUUCAUCCAGAGAGCAGGUACGAGUAACACGUGACGCUUAAUACGAAGUACAAGAGAUGUUCUUAGUGGAUAACAUCGUGGUAUGAUGAAUGAUGCCUCAAAUGUUCCAUUUGCGGUUUUUCCCACUCUAAAUCAAGGCGUGGGGAACCGACGGCUCGUGGGGCCGUACGCCGCCUGCGAGAGAGCAUUUGAUCUGACCUGUUGUAAACAUCUUAAAUCAAAUAAAACCUCCGAGGAACUGAGGUGGGGCGGGAGUGUCAGGGGGAGAAAAGCUUCCCACCCCUGAUCUAAAUAAACUGCAAUUCAUUGUGUCAAAUAUGUAACCCUGAUAAGAAAUGCCACAUUACUCAGCCAAAGCCUUUAACUUUCUGACAUAUGUUCUGACAAGGAGUAAACCUUGGUAAUUUAUUAUGACAUGUUCAAAUGUGCAAAUAAACUGCAGUGAGUGAGCGCAA